UAAUCUAUUCAUUCCACACGAAAGCUCGUAACUCAGUCAAACCCGCAAGAUUAGUCUCUCAAACUAAAACUCACACUCACUCCCUCACGCGCUUUUCUUUUUCUUUGAUGAAAGAAAUCAUUUUUCUUUUUCCGGAGUAAACUUCGUUCCUCUCUUUCUCUCUCACACUCUCUCUCUCUCCAAGUGGAGUUUUCAUUUGGAUGGGAAAAUGUGAGGGUCUCGUGGCAUUUUAGGCAGGUUAAGGGUCUUCUUGGUUGUGUUGUUGCUGAUCUACAGUGUUGAGAUUUUGAUAAACUGAAAAGGUCUGAUUCUAUCCUGGUUCAGCAUAUAUGGCCUCUACUAUUGGAAAACCGGGUGAUGAUUCCAUGAUUGUUGAAAAGCUCCCGGAGGAGAUUAAUGAAAUGAAGAUCAAGGAUGAAAAGGAAAUGGAUACUGCAAUGGUGGAUGGAAAUGGAACUGAAACUGGCCGUAUUAUUGUGACAACUAUUGGUGGUCGACAAGGUCAACCCAAACAGACUAUAAGUUACAUGGCAGAACGUAUUGUUGGACAAGGCUCAUUUGGUAUUGUGUUUCAGCAUAUUUGUUUUGCAGGCUAAAUGUCUUGAAACUGGAGAAACUGUAGCAAUCAAGAAAGUUUUGCAGGAUAAAAGAUACAAGAAUCGUGAAUUGCAAACAAUGCGCCUUCUUGAUCAUCCAAAUGUUGUAUCACUAAAACAUUGCUUCUUUUCUACCACAGACAAAGAUGAACUCUAUCUCAAUUUGGUACUUGAAUAUGUACCUGAGACUGUAUAUCGUGUGGUGAAGCACUAUAGCAAGGCCAAUCAGCGGAUGCCCCUAAUAUAUGUUAAACUUUACACGUAUCAGAUUUGUAGAGCAUUGGCUUAUAUUCAUGGAUGUGUUGGAGUGUGCCACAGGGACAUUAAGCCACAGAAUCUACUGGUAAAUCCUCAUACACAUCAGGUCAAACUUUGUGAUUUUGGGAGUGCAAAAGUUCUGGUCAAGGGUGAACCUAACAUAUCGUAUAUCUGUUCUCGAUACUAUCGAGCACCUGAACUAAUAUUCGGAGCCACUGAGUAUACUACUGCAAUUGAUAUGUGGUCUGUUGGUUGUGUGCUGGCUGAGCUACUCCUAGGGCAGCCUCUGUUUCCAGGAGAUAGUGGAGUUGAUCAACUUGUUGAAAUUAUCAAGGUACUCGGGACUCCAACUCGUGAGGAAAUAAAAUGCAUGAAUCCAAAUUACACAGAGUUCAAGUUCCCUCAAAUCAAAGCUCACCCUUGGCAUAAGAUAUUCCACAAGCGUAUGCCCCCAGAAGCAGUAGAUCUUGUUUCAAGGCUUCUCCAGUAUUCUCCAAAUUUACGAAGUACUGCUUUGGAUGCAUGUGUUCACCCAUUUUUUGAUGAACUCCGGGACCCUAAUACUCGUCUCCCUAAUGGGCGCCCUAUGCCACCGCUCUUUAAUUUCAAACCUCUAGAGCUGAAGGGAGUGACUUUGGAGCUGCUAUGCAAACUUGUUCCAGAACAUGCUCGGAAACAGUGUCCAUCGCUUAAUUUCUAGACAGCUAACAUAACCUUUGAAUCUGGAUUACUAUUAUGUGGAUCGGCUGCGAUGUUUUGUCAUGUUUGUGUUUCAUGUUUUCUUUAUAAAUUGAAAAGAAAUUACAUUUUUUUAUCUUUACAGUCAGAUACUUGGCUGACUAUUGCAUUUUCUUCUUAUCAUUCCCUGUUGUCCGUGAAGACAUUUGCUGUGUAUCGUUUGUGGUCUUUAGUUAUAGCACUUGCACUAUUUAUAAUUUGAAGAUAUUAGUUGGUUUAACUAGUAAAAUUAUGUGGACUUAAGAUCUCA